GCAAUAAUGACAUGUUUUUUUACGUUUAUUUUUUAAGCCUCUUACUAGCGCCGUGCGCGUGCGAAUGGAAAUUCAAAAUCCAAGAUUCCAACAAGCUCCUGUUGAAGUACUCCUUGGUAUCGACCAAAAUAACCGACGAAAAUGACGAGAGCUUGGCCAAACAGUUGGAAAAAGGCGUAGAAUUCGUCAUUAAAAUCAAACCAGAGCUCAAGUACACCUUGUUCAUCAAACUGAAAUCCUCUCCGUUAAUCACGUCGAGGACCGAAGUGCUGAUUUUCGAAACCGACAUCCCCAACCAGAACCCGUUCGAGUACGACUUGGUCGAAGGGUACGUCACCAACGCGACCUACUCGAGCUUCGUCAUCGGCUACACGGAGGACGUGUAUUUCUACGGGAAGAUCGUCGUCUACGACACCAUCUACUACAUAGAGAAGCUCGAGAACUACCCUCACAUCAAGCACAAAUGCAACACCACCAAAAACGGCAUCCUCUUCAAGAGGACCUUCGAGCCCGAGGCCAGGUUCGACGUCAACGACAACACUCUCAAGCUCCAAAUGCAGUUCUACAACACCUCCAAGAUCUACAAACGAAUGACCGCUUUGAGGGGGAACAUCUGCUCGCUGUUGGUGCUUCUGGACAAUUCUUUUAUCACUCGGGUGCACUUUGGGAAAGUGCACGCGGCUUUGAAGCAGGUGCUGCUGGCGAUCGACGAGGCGAAUUCGCUGUUCCGGUCGACGGACUUCGACGAAGACGGUUUCGCCGAUAACAUCGGCUUCACCAUCAAGUAUUUCAUUUUGUUGAAGUCGUCGAACGAAAGCCGAUGGGUGCCCAAAUACACCGCCAAGCCGAUAGACGGUCGAUACUAUAUGAACAGAUUUUCGAGAUUCUACCUACUGGAAGACGUUUGCUUGGGGGUGGCGUUUACAGGGCAAUCUUUCAUAAGCGACAUCGUGGGUAUCAGUUACUCGGCCGUGCCCUCUGAUGGAGUUUUCAAACAACCCUACGGCGGUAUUUGCGACAGACCAAUGUUGAAUCCAUACGGAUUACCGCUCAACACAUUGGCUGUAUCAGCAAGAAGUACAGACGGCAAAUUCGUGCCGGAGUACGUGUUCGAACUGAGCCUAUGCCACGAACUCGGCCACAGCUUCGGCUCGGACCACGACAAAGGCAAAUGCGACGGUUACCUGAUGACCUCUCACGCCCCGAAGAACCAAAACCGGAAGCACUUCCUGUUCUCCAAGUGCAGCACGUCGGCCAUCAUGCGAACCAUCUCCAAGAAGGGCUAUUGCUUCGAGAUCGACGAGACCCCCUACUGCGGCAACGGUAUCAUCGAGGGCAAGGAGGAGUGCGACUGCGGCACGAUCCGCGACUGCCUCGAGCUGGACAAGUGCUGCGUGCCGCGCGGCAGGAGCAACUCCUGCAAGAUCAAGCGCGAGCUCGGCCACAAGUGCCAUCCGGCGCAGGGCAUCUGCUGCACCGACGAGUGCGAGUUCAGGAACUUGAAGCGAUUCGACUUGGAUUGCGCGAACUUCCAGAGGGGCUGCCCGUGCGCGGGCGCGAGCGCGCCGUGCAAGUGCGGCACGCGCGGCUACUGCAAGGGCGACGUGUGCGUCAGCGAGGAGUGCGCGCGAAUCAACGCGGCCGAGUGCAAUUGCCCCGAAUCGGAGACGGCCGAGUGCUUCACCUGCUGCGAAUCGCCGGCGUACGGCAACACCUGCUUGCAGGCGAACGAGCUGACGCAGGCGUUGCUGCACUUGCACCAGUUGAACAUCAGCGCGCUGCGGACGUUUACGCAGAAGAAAAAGAGCAAAGGUUACGGGUACUCGGAGCACUAUUGCGACGGCGAGGAUUGCGUUUGGUUGAACUUCAGGAAGGUGAAGAAGACGGAGUAUUGCCUGUCGUUCGGGCGGGUGGGGACUUGCCUGGAUAACAACCACUGCGAAGUACCCACGACGAAAACUAUAAAACUCAGACGGUACGAUUCGUUGGACCACCAGCAUAAUUUCAGAAACAACGCUCUGAAAGCCGUUAACCAUUUUAGCGUAAUACUACUAUUAUUUCAGUUAAUUCUAUUAUUGUGAAUAUAGAAAACCUACUCA